CCUCCGAACCCAACAUCUGCUUGAAGGCGCGCCACAAACAGCGGAUGGGGAACGAGCGUCGACCAUCCCCUUUGGUGCGUCGGAAGGACCGGCUCCCUGGCUCCCUCAAGCGUCGCCCAGCCUACAGUACUGUAGAGAGCGGGUCGACGCCUGACAGCGGCCAGAGCUCCCCACCCAACGGCCUGCCAGCCUCCAGGUCCUCGUCAGGCUCCACACCCAUCCAUGAGGAAGGGGGCGGGUCCCCCUACGGCGCCCAUGGUGGUGGGGGCCAGGGGUCGUGUUCUGACCUCACCGUCUACUCCUCCCUUCCAAACAUCUCUAUGGGCCGCCCUCCACAUUCCACACAGCCCGAAGGGAUGAAACUACCUGUAGUAUCUGAAGCAGACAUGCGUGCGGCGCUCACUGCUCGGGUCGGCAUGCCUCUAACUGGCCAUGUUCUUUCUUCCACUCUGCCCUACUACCCCACACUGCCAGUGAUUGAUGGAGAGGGUUAUGGCCCGGGUGCGAGCAGCAUGGGCCGCCAGCAACAGGUAACUGCCAUGGACACCAGUUCUGGCGGUGGCAUCAUGCGUGGUGGUAUUUAUCAUCCCAAUGCUGUACCCAACGUCAAUGACCCACAGGUGCCGGCACCAUACUACAGCUGCGUUUUCCAGUUUAGGUCUGACGUUCGACCUGGCCGAUCUGUUCAUCAGCGACCAUUGAGUAGAACGCAUUCGUCCCCACUACCCUUAGGUCACCCAGUGCUGCAGGGUCAGCCUCCAACGUUCCUGCCUCAUGGACAUCCUUCCGCCCACCAGUACGAUCCCAAGCAUGCUUUGGACCACCAUCUUCUCAAACAGCACAUUCGGCAGACAGUGUUGACCCGUUCAGGAAGCAAGAACCAUGUAGAAAAUGUGGCUGAAGAAACGGAAGCUGCAGUUGCUCAAGCUAUUGCAACCGAUAAAACUCCUGAGGAGGAGGAGGAGGAAGAGGCACUGCAUGAAGAAGAGCCCGAGGUAAUAGAUCUGACUGAACGGAAAAUAAAUGAGAGCCUGAUGGGCCAACAGCAACAUCGAGAACGCACGCUAUUUCUCCAGCAUCAACGAGACCUGCUCACCGCAAAACCUCCGCCCCUACACUCCACCACCAAUUCAGCCUUCACACCUCGUUCAGGUAGUCACAUAGCUCGGCCUCUUUCUCGCGCUCUCAGUUCUCCACUUGUUACCCUCUCUCCACAAGGAUCACCACAGGAGCCCAUAAAUAUAAAUAAACAGGGAGCAACAACGGGUUUUGCCUAUGACAAUGUGAUGCUGAAACACCAAUGUAUUUGUGGUGAUAACUCCCACCAUCCUGAACAUGGCGGUCGCCUGCAGUCAAUAAUGGCCAGAUUGCAAGAGACGGGACUAAUUCAUCGGUGCCACAGACUACGGACAAGAAAAGCUACCUUAGAAGAAAUUCAAUCUUGUCACAGCGAGGCACACACACUAUUGUUUGGAACCAAUCCAUGGAACCGACAGAGAUUAGACAUGAGUAAAUUUUCUGAAUUACCAAUCAAGAGCUUUGUUCGACUGCAUUGUGGUGGUGUUGGCGUUGACUCCGACACAACCUGGAAUGACAUGCAUACAUCAUCUGCUGCAAGAAUGGCAGCUGGCUGUGUUAUAGAUUUAUCUUAUAAAGUUGCUACUGGAGAACUUCGUAACGGGUUUGCUUUAGUGCGGCCGCCAGGCCACCACGCGGAACACCAGCAGGCCAUGGGCUUCUGCUUUUUUAACUCCAUUGCAAUCGCUGCACGACAACUACAUCAAAAGCUUAACUUGGAAAAAAUCCUCAUUAUUGACUGGGAUGUUCAUCACGGGAAUGGCACCCAGUCGAUGUUUUACGAUGACCCGCACAUUCUGUACAUUUCCAUGCAUCGCUACGAUGAUGGUAGUUUUUUUCCCGGCACCGGUGCUCCCACGGAGGUUGGUGAUGGCGACGGUUAUGGAUUCAACGUAAAUAUAGCUUACUCAGGUGGUCUCACUCCUCCAAUGGGUGAUGCUGAAUAUAUGGCUGCUUUUAGAAGCAUUGUUAUGCCAAUUGCCAAGGACUUUAAUCCAGACAUAGUAUUAGUGAGUGCUGGUUUUGAUGCGGCUGAUGGUCACCCGUCACCUCUGGGGGGAUACAAGGUGUCUGCCAGCUGCUUUGGCCACAUGACCAAACAACUCAUGACUCUUGCUAGAGGCAAGGUGGUAUUAGCUCUUGAAGGAGGCUACAAUUUAGCCAGCAUCUGUGAUGCGACGGAAGCGUGCGUAAAAACCCUCACUAGUGAUGAUCCACCACCUCUCUCCGAACAUGAAAUGACCAGACCACCUUGCCAAAAUGCUGUUGAAACAUUGCAGAAUGUCAUUGCUGUUCAGAGUGGCCACUGGCCUGUGGUACGGCGGCAGAGUGGAAUGAUUGCACUGUCUAUGGUGGAAGCUCAAGGACGGGAGGAAGAACAGGAGACAGUCUCUGCUAUGGCGUCACUCAGAGUCGAUCCUCAAAAUUCACAAACUCAGAGCCCGGAGCCACCCCCACAGAGCUCAGCUGUUGAGAACACAAACGACGAAGAGGAGCCAAUGGAGGAGGACACUGAAGUGAAAUAACAAAUAAUAAAAAUGAACUUGUGAGUGCAUUAGAGUUCUGGAAGAUGUGGAUCCAGAGAAACUUUAUUACCAUUUCCAGGCCUCUGCUGCCUCCUCAAAGAAGCUGCAAAAGCGGUCAACUGUGCUUGCAUUUCAGAGUACUGCCAAAGUUACCCUGCUUCUGAAGGGUUGCUAGGCAUGUGCCACUUAGCCGAGUGACCAGUGAUACUUAGUGUUAAUUGUUCCAGUGUGGUAGAUGUGUAUACAUCUGCGGUGAUGAAAACUGUAAUAUGUAAGCAGUGGUGGUCUGUGGUGAUAAUGUUGAGUGAACCUGACACUUGACAGCAGUGUCUGAGACAGUCCCGAGGUUGGGUAGAGCACUGUAACUUUUCAGGCAAUGACGUGAGUCAUGAUGUGAUGUCUGCCCAGUGUUCGCAUGUGGGCUUGUUCGACGAACCAAAGAUUAGCUAGAUUUUUAUGAUGUGCAUACACGGUGUCUUAAAUUUCUUAAGGUUGUAGUGUUCCAUAGGAAGACAGACUGGACAACCCCCGGUCAUAUUUAUUGCUGAACCACAUUUAUUUUCAUUACAUAUUAUCAAAGAGUAAGUUUGUAUGUACUGCUGGUAGGCAGUUUCCUGAUUGAAUGCGCAGCCAAGUGCAAAUGUAUCUCAGAAUGUUAUGUACCAUUGGACCAGCCUCAGCUAAAUCAUGACACCUUAAUCAAUACUUGUGCCAACCACUUAACAGAAGAUUUCUGUUGACAGACUUAACUUUGAAGAUGUUGUUAGUAUUCAUAUAGUGUUUAGCAAAUAAAUGUAUAAUAAACAUAUAUAUAUAUUAUAUAUAUUCAAUUUUAUGUAUUUCAGAUUUUAUUUGUUCACCUCACCUGAUGGUGUAAAUUCAUGUCACUCAAGUGCACAAAAACAUGUUACUUGCAAGCCUUACUUGUUAGCGGGAAGGUUGGGUGGUACCCGCUUCUAAGAGAACGGACAUGUCAUCGUGGAGUAUCCGAGCGGUGUUGAAGUGUGGGAUUGGCUAGAUCCCACCUUGUACACAUCGGGUUACAGUGCUCCUCUUUCCACACUACUGCCUUUCUGUAUCUCAUCACCCAGUGUAAACUCUAACCAUAGAGGCCAAAUUAUCUGAAGGGGUGAGGGACCCAUCGCCUUGCUGGGACUUGUACAAUUUAGUACUCCUUUUACACCAGGCUCAUGAGCACUAGUCAGAAUCACAACCCCUUGUCCACUGUCAUUGAGGCCUCAAGAUAUGUGUUCUGGUAUUGAGCUCAAAGCUCUGUGAUAAAGAGCCAGCCAGUCAUGUGGUUUCAGGAAGGCUUGAUUGUCCCACCCAUACCCUGUAUCUUGUCCUUGUAUGGCUACGGUGUCCCAUAAUAAACUGGCAUAUGUUCAA